GUGAGAUUGAAAACAAACCCGCAUGUUGUCGCAGUGUGCACGAACCCUCAAUGGGUGACGAUGGCUAGAUUGAACUGGGGAGGAGAUACUGAAACAUGUUGAUUUUCUGAAAUGUGUAUAGAGAGACUGACAAGGCCGAGCUUCAGACGUGACUGACAUGUUUGCGAUUAAAUUCGGGAACUGUUCCCCCCUGACAUUUCGUAGAUAUGAUGAGCAAGUGGUCACACUGAGAAGUGACUGAUCUUUGAUGGGCAUGCCAAGGCUAUUAGCCAUCGUAGUGUUUGUGGCAACAGCAGUGGGUGACAUCGCCGGGUCUACUUGCAGCUCAACGUGCACAUCUCAGAGGGACGUUCCCUGUGUGGUAAAGCAGCUGUCCUACCAUUGCCUGAAGCCAUCGGUCAAUGAGAAAGACUUUCCCAACAAGCCAAGGAACUUGACCUAUAGCCGAGAACUCAUCAAUGACACAUACAUCUUCCGUCUCAGCUGGCUCCUGCCUAAAGGAUGUGAUGAGGAGUGUGAAGCGACCCUCCCUACUGACACAGCUGCUGAGACGGCCACGUCCGAGUCUGCCAUCGUGAUGACGCCUAACCAGACUCCAGCUGUAGCCUCCACCAGCCAGACCCCAGCUGUAGCCUCCUCCAGCCAGACUCCAGCUGUAGCCUCCACCAGCCAGACCCCAGCUGUAGCCUCCACCAGCCAGACCUCAGCUGUAGCCUCCUCCAGCCAGACUCCAGCUGUAGCCUCCACCAGCCAGACCCAAGCUGUAGCCUCCACCAGCCAGACCUCAGCUGUAGCUUCCACCAGCCAGACCUCAGCUGUAGCUUCCACCAGCCAGACCCAAGCUGUAGCCUCCACCAGCCAGACCUCAGCUGUAGCCUCCUUCAGCCAGACCCAAGCUGUAGCCUCCACCAGCCAGACCCAAGCUGUAGCCUCCACCAGCCAGACCUCAGCUGUAGCCUCCACCAGCUAGACCCCAGAUGUAGCCUCCACCAGCAACACUCCAGCUAUAGCCUCCAUUUCUCUGACCACAACUGUCUCCACACACUGGACAAGGAAGGAGCCAAGUUCAUGUGAGAAGGUGUACGAGCUGCAGCAGCAAGUUCUUUCUGGAGAACGGAAGCUACAGGAGCUACAGACGCAGAAACUGCUUCUCCAAAUAAAGGUGCUGGAAAUGCAAGAGGGCAAACAAGUUUGCAAAGAGAUGACACCAUCCCAGAUACUAAUGUCACUAAUGCAAUAAGAAAUUGGAAAUAA